AUGCUUCUACAAAUUUUUUUGUAGCUAUGGCUGCACACCAGUGGUUAAGUAAACCAUGACUGAAUUGAGCUCUGUUGUUAGCCAUCUAUUUCACUACAGCAAUCUUUCUGAAAAGUAGUUUCACUUAACGGUGCAAUCCUAUGCAUGUCCAUUUGGAAGUGCUAUUGUGUUCAAUGGGACUUAAUUUCAGGUAAGUGUAUAGCACUGCAGCUUAAAUUGUAUAAUAUUGUACAAUGGAACAGGGAGCAAUCUCAAACUUCCCUGUCUUUGCUAUGUUGGAUAUUAUAUGAAAUGUUUCAGUUAGGUGAGGAACUUCUGUAAGUAGGCUAGAUGCUUAAGGAUGCUGAAAACAUCAGCAGCAGGAUCCUAUAUACAUCUUCUCAGAAGCGAGUCUCCCUGUGUUCACUUGGGAUUACUCCCAGGUAAGUGUAUAUAGGAUUGCAGCCUAAGAUGCACAAACAGAAAAUGCUUCGUUUUUUGAGACACUUGUUGUCUUUCUUUGAUUCCUAACAGUACUUUAUUCUGUCCUCACAUAUGUGAAGGAACAAAUGUACAGGCAUCACAGUUUUAAACUUGUUUGACCUUUAAAAGAAGAAAAACUACUGUGACAUACUUGGAAACAAAAGAGCCCUUGUUUUUUCAUAAGUAGUUGCAGAAUGUUUGACUUUUGCUAUAUCAUGUGCAGUGUGAUUUAAACAGGUUUACUCUGUAACAAAUCCCACUGAGUUCAGUGGGACUUGCUACCUGAUAAAGACUUUAUUGCAGGCUAAUUUUCCUUAUGGGAAAGUACAGAUUAUAAAAUAUACUGAGAUAAUGCUAUAGAGUCAACAUUUGUAAUUCCUUUCAUAGUCCAAAAGCUCAGAAGCCUGAUGAAGCAUACUCAACCUUUUUGGUGGCUCACAGAUAAUACACAAUGAGAAAGACAAUGGUAUUUUAUCAUUAGAUGACUGUAGUGUAAGUAGAUCAUCAGCUAAUGUCAUGCAAAAGUUUGAUGAAUGCAAAUGUAAAUUAAGUCUUCUUCCAGAAAUCUAGCUUUUGCUCUGUUGUGUUUCAAUGACAAGGUAACUUUAAAGUCAGUUGCUAAAAGCACAGAAGAGCUGUAAUGUUAAUGAAUAAUGUAUCCAGUUUAACUGUUCCUAUUAUGUUACCGCACACAUGAACUAUCUACAAGGGGUUAAAGUGUGGCUUAAAUGCCAUGUUCAUUCUACAGAUGCUGCUUCUUACAAAGGCACAAAUAAUGUGAAUAUUUGCAUACGUUGUUUUCUGCAAAGCCGCCGCACCACAGGCAAGCAGUCAAGCAGGCAAUCACCUGCUUCCAUUAGUUGCAAAUUAAUAGAGAAGGACACAGGCUGAGCAGAGCUUUUAACUAAACUGCAGUAGGAUCUGUUUAAUAUUGGACUGACAGGACUAUGCAGCAUUGGACUAUAAAAGAAAAGACAUUGUGUGUCUGUGAAUUAUCUUAGUUAGAUAUGUCUAACCAAGGAUAGAUAGGUUGUGCCUCAGUGAUCUUAGUGCCUUAGCUUUCUUUUCCAGUGAUGAUAAUGAUAAUAAUACUUGCUUGAAUCUUGGUAGGAAGGGAUGAUUUGGAAAGGGAUUUGAGGUCAAAUCAUUGUCCAAAAUGAGAGAUGGAAUGAUAGUCUAGAUUUUAAGUAAUGUCAGAUUGAAUUUGAUGACUUAUAGCCAAAUGAAAGGGAAUACAUGAUUAAUUUUCUGCAAUGAACAAUAGGUUUGUGAAUUUUUUUCACAGUUGUGGUAGUACAGAAGCUGGACUGCUCAUAGUAUUAAAAUGGCUUUGAAAUAAAGUGUACCCAUUGAAACUUAAAACAUUUGUGGGAAAAUAUGCAUGUAGCAAUGGGGACGGGUCCGAGAACAGCCUGAGCUUUCAAAUAUUUCCCUCUAUUAUAUAAGCUUAAGAAGUGCAUGAAAGACUGUCAGGUAACUUACACUGCAAUCCUAUGUAUGUUUACUCAGAAAUAAUUUCAAGUGAGUCCACAGGUAAAUGGGUAUAGGAUUAUAGCUUUAAGGAAAAAGGGCUGUGUCAGACUUCUAGUCUCCUACAUUCUCAGAUUUCAGGUAAGACAAACGUACAUCAUCCCUUGUUCUUGACAUACUGCCACCAUUGCUGUUUAGUUUAAACUCUGAAAUAAACAAUGACUGAAGGCACAUUUCUGCCAGAGUUGAGCAUAUUUAAGUGGACCAGGUCUUUCUGCAAAAUUUGAAGGGGAGAAGUGUAAAUGCAACUGUGAGAAACCUGGAAGUUCUGAGAAAUAUUUGCAUCUUGCAUAAAAGAUGUGAUGGAGAAGCAAUGGAAAUGUAGAGGCCUGAUUCUUUUUGUCAUGUGUCAGAAGUCUUGAGGUUUCUAAUUUAAGCAUACUUUCUAUUAAUUUUAAAGCACAUGUGCCUCUGUGGGUUGGAGAAAUUUCGUAGCUUAAGGAUACUGAUGCACUUUGUCUAAUGCUAUAUCACCUGCUACAGAAAAUUCUGUAACUGUACAUCUUAAGUGUUUUACCAGCUGGCUAAAGUGGCAUGACUGUGUACACAUGGCAGGGAGUAAACCAUUUUAAACACAGUGGGACUAAUAUGUAAAAAUGCAAAGUGUAUUGCAUUGUUCACAUCUUGUCAAGUUUGAGGUGCUCAAUCCAGUUUUGAGUAGUGAAUAAUAAACAAGAGGCAUCUGAGUUACAGCUGAUGUUAGGUCCUGUUUAGCAAGGUGGUGCCAUUUGAUUUGAAAAUGCCUGUGGUUCUAGUUAUAUACAUCACAGGCAAAUGCAUGAAUUGGCCAUACCUUGGAAGUGAUGCUACUUCCUGUUAGAGCAGGGAGGUAGUUCUGGUUGCUUUUCUAAUUGUGGAAUUAUGCAUAGAAAAUUUAGAGGAGGAAGCUGGGAUGUUUGUUUCAUUAGUAAUACAAGGAAUGUGAAGAUCUUGGAAAUGAUGGUUCAGAUUGCAAUAUUCCUGACUGAUGGUUUAGAUAAUGGUAUGGGAAUCUGGCCAUAAUCUACAGAGAAAAACAGAUGGGUUUGUCUAACGUGUAGAGUACAGGCACAGAAAAGAAAGGGGAGUUGCUGUUUGCUUAAUUUUAACCUGCUGUAUUGUUGCCAGAGAAAAUUUUAUGGUUCAGUACUUGACAACCUAUUAAAGGGUUAUCUUGUGAAACAUGAAUAUCAAUAGUAAUGGAUGAAAAAAGAGAAUUUGGAUUAAAAUAUUGAACAUUCACUAAUAGUCACAUCAAAUAAUUAGAACUACAGAUCAUGUGUUGUGCACAUUGUAUCCUGUACUCUUUGGUACUGAAAUACUGAAAAGCUUAUGGCUACUUCAGAUUAUUCAGCAGAAGUUUUAAACUAUUAAGUCCAUAUCCUACCCAUCAGAGCAUUCUUGUAGCUACUUAAUUGUUCUGGCCUCGCUUGUCAUAUUCCACUGAACCUUUCACUCCUGCAUGGGACACAUGCAUUCUGGGUUGUUGGAGGAAGGGAAAACAUGUUGCCUAUUACUGUUUAAUGCUUUUUGUGAGGGACACCCCAGCUGUCUACAACCAAAAUACAGUGAAAAAGAAUGAUUCACACUGAUCCUUGUGUUUUCAGCUGUGUAUGGGGAAGUGUUUGCUUACAAAGUGGCCUUAAAUCAAAUAAUUUUUACUGUGGUAGAUACUUUCUUCUCAGAAAGACAAGACUAUUUUGCUGUAAGACCUCUAUUCCAGUUUCUGUCUAUUGGUGUCUUCCUGAAGACAACUUGGCCCUGUUUUAAGGCAGAGAUGUUUAUAAACUGUCAUGCAUAUAUACUGUCUUAUAUAUACACAUUACAUUUGAUGCAAAAUGUUAAGUCACUCUCUGUGUUAUUAUGCAGUCUGGACCCUCUAUCCUGACUUGGUGUUAUAUCCUGAUUUUAAUAAAAUUUGUUAUAUUUGUACAUGAAUUUCAAAACUAAUAGUCUACUUUCUGGUGAUGCUAGGUUGGGUCAUAAUGUUAGGAAACUACUAGUAAAAGAGUCAUGAUCUGAAAUCAGUUCUGCUUAUUGCUUUGCAUUGUGUUCUAAGCCACCUACUUUGUUUUUAGGUUGGUGGUUAUUGUAAGUCAUUUUUGGGUGCUUGUGUAGGAGGGAGAGGGAAUAAGAUUCAUAGCAAAGUUGAAACACCAACAGCUGAGUUAGUUCCAGAUUAGGAUAAAAAUGAACAGUAUAUUGUAGACAUUGUUAUUCCAAUACCUUCAGAAAGAAGCAAGGGCAGUAUUGCUAUUGUGUCGUUGUGAAUCUUCUUUGAGUAGCAGGAUUCAAGUACAAAAUAGUUUUAGUUACUUACAGCCAGUUCCUAAUAAGUCUUAAAAUCCUCCUAAGCUUAGGAAUAUACUCAUUUUUUUAGUCCAGAUAGUGCACACCAUUCUGUAAUAAAGAUUAGUUGAAAUAGCAUUCAAGAUUUUCUGCAUGUAACUGGCUAAAUUUCUUGUAUUUAAAACUGUUGCAGUGAGAAUGGCAAAGUCCCAGAACCAGUAGUCUGGAGGACAACUACUUUAGGCUAGACUUCUGCAUCCCAAUAGUACAUUACAUGUUCCCUGCCUAUACCGUGAAUUGAAUUUUCGUGUGAGAAUUCUGUCGUCUAAGCCCUGUUGCUGUAGUUUGACCUUUGGAGUGUUCCUCAGGCCUGUACAUAUACAGUGUUUAUGUAGGUAAAACUGUAUACUGUUGAUACACAAUUGUUGAUGUGUGAUCUUCACCUUGAUUUCCUGCUUUGCUAGCCCAGAGGAAUCUUCUGAAAAGUAUUUGCCAGUGGAGAAUCCCCAAAGGACAGUUAAUCUCAUGCUGAGUAUGCCCUUGGGACAAGCUAAUCCUAAAUGGAAAAACUACAGAACUUUAAGAAGAGCUGGUCUGGAUCAGACCAAAGGCUUAUCUGCCCCGGCCUUCUGUUUGCAGAGUGGCCAGUGGGUUGCAUCUGGGAAGCCCACAAGACAACACGAAUGCUACUGUACUUCCCUGCUUUUAAAAACCUUUGGGAUAAAUAUUAAACCUAAUGUCAGCUUGCCUCAAAAUUCCUUACAGUUUCAGGGUCAAAGUGUAUUACUAGGUAGAUUUGGAUCCGGCAGUUCAAAAACAGAAGCAAACAAACAAAUCCCCUCAAAUAGCCUCAAAACCAGAAAAACCUUGCUAGUUUAUAUUCCUUGUUUCAGUUCAAGAGCAGUGUUCACAAAGCAGCUAAAACAACAAAAUUGCAGCAAACAUAAGAAAAUCAAUAAACAAUACAUUACAAUAAUGAACACCACAUCUGUCUUAAAAUUACAUUCCAAUAAUAUAAAACUUCAGAAAUAGGACGUAAUUAUUAUUGUACAGUUUAAGUCUAAGGAAAGCGUUCUGUUAAUAAAUUCUAUUAAGACAUUACCACGCAGUGUCUGUACCAUGUUAGUGUAUCCAGGGAACAGUUCUUGAAGAUCAAGGGUCAUCUACACAGAUAUGUAAGAGCAGGAGAGGUCACCAGUAAUGGGAGGAGAACAAAACAAAGGCAAGCGAGUGAGGAAGGGGAGAAGAGCUGACACUAAAUGCAGUAUGGGGAAAAGCUAAUGGAUGAUUUUACAGACAAGUACAAAGAAAUUAAGUAGUUUGGUAAUCUUACGGCCAAGGGGAAGUUAAAAGAAAUGCAAUGGUUGGUUGACUGCUUUCAAGGCAGUGUCACAAUGCAGUGUCCCAUGAAAAGGGCUGCCUUUUGGAAGGCUGGUUAGCGGUUGCUUUUUAAAGCAGGCUUUGCUGACAGAAAAAAAAUAGCCAGACUGAAGAAAGGCAUGUUUAGUUGUUAGAAAAAUAUGGAUAAAAGAACCAAGAUAAGGGGGAACAGAAAGAUUGGUCGUGGUGUUCAGAAGUGGCGAGCAGGAGGACUCAUUAGAUUUAUUAAAAAAAAAUACGGUGGGAUCAGGGUCUUCCUUUAUGUAAAACCACAGUUUCAGUCUUUUUCAUUAAUUAUUUUUUAUUAUUUCAGAUAAUGAUCCCCUCAAAGCUCUGUAUUCUUCUUUGUUUCUUGCUUUCCCUUUUUUGUUCAAAGUGCCGGUUUGGGGAAUGUGCAAAGAUAACACAAGUGCGGGGGCUGGGGAGCGAGGUCAGAGGCAAAUGGAGGCAGGCAUGAAAUACAAAAGCAACCAAGCCAGGGAGCAGGUGAUAGGAAUCUAAGACAGGCAGAUGGCUGGGUUCUAGAAUAAGUAGGGAAAGAUCAGCUGUGGCUGAUAUAAUGCAAGGAAUUUGGAAGGUUGGAUUCCAGAAGGCUGCAGACAUGAAGUGACCAGUUAGCCGCUUAGCUUGAGGAACCAGCCUGAAGCCACCAUGUUAGAGCUUGCAGGCUCCUGCGGGUUCUGUCUAACCUGGUCUGACUCUGUUGAAGAGCAGCAGUAUUCCCUCUGGCCAUUGUAUGGUUGGUGUUGGACUCCCAUAAAACCCCCUGUUUAAGACAGAGUGAUUGCACAAUAAAAACCUCAUCUGGAAGCACCCCAGGGCUUGGGUAAUUGGUGUGCAUAAUUGGGGAGCACCAGUAGCCCGCUUAUGGGGAGCUUCAGGAGUUGUGGAAAGAACUGGAGAGCCAGCUGUAGCUUUUAAAGCCACAGGGUGAGACAGGCCGGAUAAAAGGGGUUCCGAGGUCUGUGGGGGUCCAGAAUCUGUCUGUAGCUGAAAAACUACAGAUAUUUGUGCCAGUUAGAACACAGUUCUGUUUCAGUCCAGCUUUUCCUAUGUAGGGAAGCAUAUAGCUUUCAAGGGUUUGAAUACUUUGUCAUAGAAAAACUGGCUGUAUAGUGAAUAUUUGCUUGGCUAUACAGUAAAUACCUCAGUGUGUUUAAAAUCUCAGUUUUUGCACUUGCCCAGAAUUUGUCUGAACGCUGAGUGUGAAUGUUCUCUUCCCUCAUAGCUUUGACUUUAAAAAAGUCUGAUUCUCAGAACGGUACACAUCUUUUAAUUUCAAGAACCCUGAAGUUAUUAUGUUUACAUGUUUGUAGAAACAGCAAAGGUAUCAAUUCAUAUCUUUCAGCAGUGCAUGUGCAUUAAGAAAAAGCCGUUAAAUAACAGUAUGAGCUAAACUACCACCCAAAACAAACAGGUCCUUGUUGCUUUUCUUUCCCAUCCUUACACAUUUCAGGUGUAUUUGAAAUACAAAAUUAUGAUGACGCCUUAUUUUUUAAAAAUUGAGCCGUAAUAAUAAUAGCAACACUUGGUGCCAUAUUUAGUGUGUCCUGCUACUUGUUGUUCUGCUUUUCUUUCCUCUCAAAUUGCCCAAACACAGCUGGGUUCACAAGAGGAGAAAAGAAAACAUGAUAUUACUGCCAAACAGACAGGAAACUGUAGUAGACCUUGUGAGCGGUGAAGGGUUGAAACACGCCUUCUGUCCAAUCAGCUGCCACUUCUGUUGCUAUGUGCACUCUUACUCUGCCUUCUUUGUGGAAAAAAUGUCUUGCACAGAAAGGCUGAAUAUGUACCCAAAGCUGAACAAUUUUGUGCUGGCCACUGCAGACAUCUGGAUCCCCAAGAUACUGACAGUGUAGCCCAUUUUGCUGCCAGACGGCAACUUCUUUUCCAUCACGAUUCCAGUAUGGUUUACAGUGGAAACAAAGGGCUGCAUAGAGAAGAUACUUUAGAUGAAUACUUUGAAUAUGAAGCUGAGGAGUUCCUCAUCAACUUGGCCUUGCUGAUUACGGAAGGUAGAACACCGGAAUAUUCUGUCAAGGGUAGGACUGAAGGCUUCCACUGUCCUCCAGCACAAUCAAGUCAGCCAGCCACAACGAAGCAUGUAUGCAAUGACAAAUUGGCCCAGUGUCGUCAAGCCAAGCGGACUAGGUCUGAGGUGACGUUGCUGUGGAAGAAUAAUAUUCCCAUCAUGAUAGAAGUGAUGCUACUUCCAGACUGUUGCUAUAGUGAUGAAGGACCCACCACAGAAGGGAAUGACUUGAAUGAUCCUGCAAUCAAGCAAGACGCAUUGUUGCUAGAAAGGUGGCUUUUGGAGCCAGUUCCACGACAAAGUGGUGAUCGAUUUAUUGAAGAGAAGACCCUCUUAUUGGCUGUCCGCUCUUUUGUGUUCUUUUCUCAGUUAAGUGCUUGGUUGAGCGUUUCACAUGGAGCAGUUCCUCGUAAUAUUCUUUACAGGGUAAGUGCUGCACAUGUAGACCUGCAGUGGAUGUUUUCCCAGACACCAACUGGGCAUUUUUUCCCGGUUCCUAACGUUUCUCACAAUGUGGCCUUGAAAGUCAGUGUCCAGUCUUUGCCUAGACAAUCUAACUAUCCAGUUCUGACCUGCAGUAUUCAUACCAACCUUGGCUUUUAUGAAAAGAAAAUCGAAAAGCAUAAUGUACGUCAGCACUGUGAUUCCAUCAAGGCAGAACAAUGCGGUCUACCCACCUUGCAGCGUGCUUGUGGCAAACUGAUGUGGACGGAAGGAGUGCUUGGGGUAAAAAAGGGCCCUGAAUUUACGACAGCUGUCAAAAAUCCAAAACGUUUCCCAACAACGGGGCUUGUACCUGACUUUGGGGCUUCAGAGUCUAAAGUUCCGUGUUAUACAGCUGCUGUUGACAGUAAGAAGCUACCACAAGAUGCAUCAGAGAGAGCUUUAAAAUCUUUUUGCUUAGCUGACUCCCACCUACAUAAUGGCUACUCUUCUCGCCAGUCGCUGGGAGAAUCUAUUCCUUUAAUCGGUUCUUUACUCCAAGAGCGGCAAGAAGUCAUAGCAAGGAUUGCACAACAUUUGAUACACUGUGAUCCAGCAACUUCACCUGUCAUGAGACGACCGUUCAGCACGAAUGAAACCGGUCUGGUAAACUCCAAAGUUACAUGCAGUGUAUACGAAGAGCAAAGUUCGCUGAAGAAAGGAAAAGAAUUGUCCUCUAUUUCUACUACUAACUCAGAACUUGCAUCUUCAGAAAGCAGCAGUGUUGGAAAAGCUCAAAUAAUAGCAGAAACACCAUUGUCUGAUUGCUCUGUCCCAAUGAACCAGUGCUCCUCCCAAGCUGUAGAGGAACCGAACUCUCUCAUAAGCUCUUUACUUCUUGAGAGGCAGGAGGUUAUAGCAAGGAUUGCCCAGCACCUAAUUCACUGUGAUCCACCCGUGCCGCAAGUCACUCAUUCGGUGUUUAAUAUCCAUGAUAUUAGUUCCAUUAAUCCAAAGGCUUUUCACAAUUCCUGUGAAGAAGACAACCUGUUGAAUAAAGGCAAAGAACUCUCUUCAGAGCCGUUCUCUAGCUCAAGAUUGACUUUAUCAGACGAUAACCAAAAAACAAACAGUAAAACACCAGCAACCCCUUUGAGUUCAUUUAAAUAUGAUGCUGAAUUGAAGGUAUCACUAAAUUCCCAAGUAAGAAGAAAACUGCUUCUAGCAGAGCCCAAUGAAGUAGUCCAAAAUACAUUUCAGCAGGUUCCUACCAAUAGAAAUCAAAGACCGUUAACUUGCAUGAACCAAUCAUGUAGCAAAGAAGAUUAUAAAUCAGAAUUGGCAGAUAAACUAGAAUUUAUAAUUUCUGGUUGUUCUCAGAAGCCUCAGGUGGCAAAGAAAGGUAUUUCCAAGCAGUGUUCACAUUUCAACAAUAAUGAUGAACUGAUCUGUACAGAUAAAAUUAAGGACAGAACAAUCAGUAGCGAAAACAUGAAACGAGACUGUUUAAGCAAUGCACAGUUGGAUCAGUCCAAAAUACCUGAAAAUAUGAAAGUGACUGUAACACAGGCAUCUGAUAGUUUGCACAAAAAUGAGUUUAAGCGCUUAAAUAAGGACUCUCAACAACCAAAUCUUUGUGAGCAAAACUCUCAACUCACUAGCAUUGAAAACUAUUUACAUAAAGACCAUGAAAGUUUCAAAUGCAAAAAUAAGCAAGAUAAAGUGAAAAAUGUAAAUGACGAGAAUGAAGACCCAACAGACAAUGAGGUGCAGAGACGUUCUCAGAAAAAGCCUGUAGAAGACUGCUUUGUGGCUUUGCUUGGACAGAAGAAGAACACAGAAAUGCUGAGAACACCAUCACUCAAACAUGUAUGGCACAAAACUAAUUUCCGCCAUUUGGAUGGGACUUCUACUAAGGCUUUUCAUCCUCGGACUGGAUUGCCUCUACUUUCAAGUCCUGUUCCCGAAAGGAAAACACGAUCGGGAUGCUUUGAUCUAGAUGCAUCGCUAUUGCAUCUAAAAUAUUUGUCCUCUAAAAGUUCACAACAGUGCAUAAGCAAAGAGAAUUACCCAGAUAUCCAGGAGAAGCCAUUUCUAAGUUCCAGUGCACCAUCGGUUACUAGCCUUAGCCUUCUUGGAAACUUUGAGGAAUCUGUACUGAACUAUCGUUUGGAACCCCUGGGCAUUGUGGACGGCUUCAUGGCUGAAGUGGGUGCGAGUGGAAUGUUCUGUCCAACACACAUGACUCUUCCAGUUGAAGUUUCGUUCUAUAGUGUUUCUGAUGACAAUGCACCCUCUCCCUAUAUGGGUGUAAUUGCUUUAGAGUCUCUUGGUAAAAGGGGUUAUCGGGUACCUCCUUCAGGAACAAUACAAGUGACCUUAUUCAAUCCUAACAAGACUGUGGUGAAGAUGUUUGUGGUAAUGUAUGACUUAAGAGAGAUGCCAGCCAAUCAUCAAACAUUCCUACGGCAAAGAACCUUUUCUGUCCCUGUGAGGCGAGAGACAAAGAGAAGUAUCAAUAAAGAAAAUAUUCGACAUACUGAAGAAAGACUACUACGCUACCUCAUUCAUCUGAGGUUCCAGAGUUCCAAAUCUGGAAAGAUCUACCUCUACAGAGAUGUUAGACUCCUGUUUUCCCGAAAAUCCAUGGAAGUUGACAGUGGCGCUGCAUAUGAACUCAAAUCUUACACUGAAUCUCCAACAAACCCUCAGUUUUCACCUCGAUGUUAGCACGACACAACAAUGAAAAGUAUUUGCUCAAUUACCAGAUUACUAUUUAAGAAGAACAAUUGGCAUAAACCAUUUGGUGUAAAAGUGAAAUGGCAAAGGAAGUGAGAUAUUGGUCAAAUGGGAGUCAAGGCUUUUCUAGGGUCUUGGACCAGUUCUUAAAAGGCUUCUGGAAUGAGCUUUGUGUAUUCCAAGUAGACUGGAACAUACUUAGUCCUAAUCUUUUUAUACUGGUUUUAAACCACUUCAUUGGAUGUGUUGCAAUAGCAGAUUCCAAAUUAGUUUAGUGUUUACACCUUAUUUUAUUUUAUUUUUUUGGUUAUUUAAUAUUUAAUGUUUCUUCUACUUAAGUGAUGUUCAACUUUACUGUUCUAAUGUAGCACAAAACCUCUGUAAAAUCAUACUGCGUAUUUUUGACAUUAAUAUUGAAAUCUGAAAUAUAUACAGAAGUCUUUA